CUAUGACUUUUUAAUUUGUCUUGUCAUCUGUAAAGCGAAUAAAUGCAAUUUAUUGUUUUCUGUUAAUUUUAAUAAUUCAAAAGAAACUCAUCGUACCGCAUAUUUUUUAAUAAUACUGUGAUUAGUUUAUAUAAUUUUAAAUAAGUACCAUCAUGCCGCAGUACAAGGUUAAAGUUAAAUGGGGAAAGGAAUCAUAUCCAGACAUUGAAGUAAAUACAGAUGAGCCUCCUUUGUUGUUUAAAGCACAGUUAUUUGCUUUAACUGGAGUACAACCAGAAAGGCAGAAGGUUAUGAUCAAAGGAGUUACACUGAAGGAUAACGACUGGGAUAAUUUUAAAAUAAAGGAUGGGGUUACAAUCCUUUUAAUGGGCAGCAAAGAAGAGGAUGUCCCAAAGGAACCAGUAGAAAAAACAGUCUUUGUAGAAGAUAUGAAUGAGAGUGAAUUAGCUACUGCGUUGGAUUUACCAGCCGGUUUAACAAACUUGGGGAACACUUGUUAUAUGAAUGCUACGGUUCAGUGUUUAAAAGUCGUACCGGAACUAAGGGAAGCCUUACAGACUUUUCAAGGAGGUGUUGCUCCAGCUAACAAUGUAACUGCAUCACAGUCGAUUACUGCUGCCCUUAGGGACUUAUAUGCCAGUAUGGACAAAGGGAAUACAGUUCCUCCAAUAGUCCUACUACAAGUGUUACACAUGGCAUUUCCUAGAUUUGCUGAAAAAAAUGAGCAUGGAGGAUUUUCACAGCAGGAUGCCAAUGAAUGCUGGACAGAAAUGGUGAGAAUGCUGCAACAAAAACUUCCUGCGAAACUAAAUGGUGAUAGUCCCCAAGAACAUUUCAAAUCUCUAAUAGACCAAUACUUUGGUGGUACUUUUGAUGUUGAAUUAAAAUGUGUGGAAGCAGAAGAUGAGCCUGUAUCCAAAAAUAAAGAGCAAUUUCUACAAUUAAGUUGUUUUAUUUCUCAAGAUGUUCGAUAUAUGCAUUCAGGGCUUAAGAAUAAAAUGCAAGAACAGCUUACGAAAAAAUCAUCUACUCUAGAUAGAGAUGCUGUUUAUAUAAAAACUAGUAAAAUUAGCCGUCUACCGGCCUAUUUGACGGUUCAGUUUGUUCGGUUCUAUUAUAAAGAGAAGGAAUCGAUAAAUGCCAAAAUUCUCAAGGACGUAAAGUUUCCUCUAGAUUUCGACGCUUUCGAUUUGUGUACCCCAGAGCUGCAGGAAAAGUUGGCACCAAUGAGAUCUAAAUUUAAGGAAUGGGAAGACGAACAAGUAGAACUCGCGGCGAAAGAUAAAAGUAAAAGUAAGGGAGACGUGAAAUCAAAAGAGGACAAGAAAUUUGCCCCGUACUGGUUUGAAAAUGACCUAGGAAGUAAUAAUAGUGGAUAUUAUACCUUGCAAGCGGUAUUGACUCACAGGGGUAGAUCCUCUUCCAGCGGUCACUAUGUAGGAUGGGUUAGGCAUUCGGGUGAUAAUUGGAUUAAAUGCGACGACGACAACGUAUCUCCUGUAACCACUGAUGAUAUUUUAAAACUCUCUGGCGGAGGAGAUUGGCAUUGUGCCUAUGUCCUACUUUAUGGGCCUAGACUUUUAGAGAUCAAGCCUUCUGAAGAGGAAAUGGCAACGGAAUAAUUAAGUUUAAAUACAUGAGACUUUAAUAACGCUUUAACUGAAUUCAGAGAACUCUGUGCCGUGUAAGUCAGAGCUCUGCUACAUACAUUUCGUAAAAUAAAUAAACCAACUUUAUUUA